CUCCUCAUCCUUCAAGCCAUGGAACUGGAUAGAGGAUGUAAUGAGUUGAAUCCAGCAAGGCUGGAUCUUAAAGUUGUUCGCUGGAAUGGGCGGAUAGAGGAUGACAGGGCGGAUGUCAGCAAUCCAUGGAGUGUAAAAGUACUCCAAGGUGGGACCCGGCGGCGGUUGAUGAUAAUGAACCCCAUCUGCCUGGGGUAUGGGGUUGUUCCCCAAGAUCUGAUUCGCCGGGGGAACCUGGUGAGGAUUCCCCUAGUGUGGAUUGUGAUCUCCUUCCAUCUCGUACUUGUCCUCGGACUCGCUGCUCAAAUAGCCGUCUAUGCGCUCCUCCGUAGCCAGUCUAGCUCGCUGUUGUCUCUUAAGUUGGCGACAGGUGCGUUCAAGCUCUGAAUCCAACGACAGUAAAUCUCCUGACUGGCUACGGGUCAUGCACUACCUGCACACAGUCAAGCAGCAAAUCCGUGAAGGAACAAGUGGGACAAAGCAAACAAUGCAAAAAGAAAAGCUAAAUUAACAGAAUUCACGUUUCUUCAACAACCUAGCCGUCCCCGGCAAUGGCGCCAAAAACUUGACUCACUCCUACUGUCACUCUAGAAAAUGGCCAGGUGUAACCACUUCAUAAAGUGUAGUAUAGCGGGGUUGGGUUUUAAUGUCAACCCGGGUCCUAGAUGUGAUGACUACUCAGCGAAUUCUUAUUAUUUAGCGGUGAAACUUUAGUGCAGGUUCAAACAAGCAAACAAGCAAGCAAUAAAACGGUUGUUUCAAGUCGAGAGAUGUCACCCGGAUAUGGUUCCCCCUAGACUGUAGUUUAGCCGGAUUGCAAUUUACCAAGUUCAGUUUCUAUGAUAGUUAUACUGCAGGAGGUUCUUAAGCAGUCUGAAGUCUCGACUAAAGGUCUCCAGACCCUCUCAAUCUGAGUCCCCAACGGGCGACUAACCUCCACCGGAGUAAACAGAUUGAGGCCCUAAUGAACCAAACCUCCACUACCAAAGUAAAUUCGGUACAGAAUAGUGAAUUGGCUCCUCGACUAAAGUCGCCAAUUCGCUACCUUCAAUUAAGGGUGCUCUAUCAACCUAGGCAGAUAUUCUCUUUCUAGGUUAAAGCAGCAACAAUAGGAAUUUGAUCAGGAUUCAAGUCAUUCAAUCAUUCAAGCCUCAAUUGAAUAUAAUCAAAUCAUAAAAUCUGUAUUUGGGUUCAUACAAUCAGACCUCACAUACAAAUCUUGGGUUCUCCAUACCCAGAUGAAUAAGAAAACUACUCCAUGGAGAGAGAAGCAAAAGCAGAUUCAGAUGCGGAAACCAUACUGUGAAGGAUGGGUUUCUGCUCCUGGUCGUCAAUCGGCACUUCUCCAAGCUCAAGCCGGCCUCCAAUGGCGAUGAAGAUCAAGCUAGGGCACUUGGGAACUCUGGUUCGUCACUUUCUCUCUAAAACUCGGAAUCCCUUCUCCUUUGGCUCAAAUUUGCCUAAAAGGCCGACCCUGGGCAAAACACGGUCGAGGGCACGACCGUGUUUUGCAUUAGGCUAGCCCGUGUUUUUCUUUUCCAUCAGUUCAGCUCUCGGCAAUAAAAACACUGUCCUUCCUGUUUGUGUACACGGACGUGUUUUGGUUUAGGCUAGCCCGUGCUUUGGCCCCAUCUCGACCGAAUGACUUCCAAAUGCCCCGAAACUCGUGCUUAGCCUUUCCUUCGACGUCUGGGACCUGAAAUAUGACAAAGUAGCACAACCCGGCGUGAGACGGGCCAAAAAUACACGACUACUCGCCGCAAAUGGAUAAGAACUAAGGGUGCAAACAUGUGAAAAUACAUCGCUAUCAACACUACAAAAUUCGGAUUUGCAUACACUACUCAACAAUCCCUAAUACAAUGGGCUAAGUUUUGAUUUGUAUCCAAGCUUGGCCCAUCACAAGGAAGCCCAGAUCAGCAGCAUGCAAAACAAAGAAGAAAUGAAAAUCAGCCCAGUUUCAGUCCAUAGUUCAAAGACAGAUCAAGCCCAGAGCUAGGCCCAAAUUCAAAUAUGUCCAAGCCUACUUCAGCCGAGACGAAGAAGAGCACUCCAGGCCCAAUUCGGCCAAUAAGUUGAAGCUGGAGGGACUGGCCCAAACUUGGUUCAAUCUUAUCCAACAUCUGUCCUUACCAGUCAGAACCGACUAAGCAAGGUGGAGGCUUCAGAAGCAGCGUUGAGGAUCAACCAAUCUAAGAGAAGCAUGUCAUGCUCAUCAUCAAUCACAGCAUGACACGUGGCACGCAAUUCUUACUAUAAAUGAGCUCUUUGGGC